AUGGUGGACCGCACCGUCUAUGAGGAGAACAAGACACCAGACUUGCCGCUUCGACAAGUUUUUGGUCGGCAGAGGGUGUCACAGGAACUAUGCAAGCUCGCAGCAAAUUCAUCCUUGCUCACGGUUGAGACCUUUGCUAUGCUCGGCGAUGACAUUGCUGCAGUGAAGAACACGCUCAAAAGCUUGGUGCCAGAUGUGACGGCGUUUGGUGCGGAUGGCCCGGCUCAGGAUCAUUUUGCAAAUCGGCGAGCGAAGAUGGAAGAAGAUCCAUCCAAAGUCCCAGAGAUCCCUGGGGAAGAUCAUGCUGAAUUCAGGGAGACGUUCGUCUCGCGCCAUCCUGAUGUUCUGCUGCCUCCUCACAUCGGGAACCACACCGCAAGUUUCGUGGAGCGAGUUCAGCGCGACUAUCUCGUCCACGGCUUCGUUCACUUCUACGAGGUCGGUGAAAUUCGGACCCGCAAUGAGAACAUUGCUCAGAAGUCCGGCUUGACCAAGAACGCCGAAGAUCUGCUCCGGGUGGUCAUGAUUGACCAACCGUCAGCAGCAAGCUCCGAAGCCCAGGAGUGGAGGCAUGAAAAUCGAGGACUUGCUCUGCUGCUGACCGUGGAUACGCUCAUCCGCAAGAAAGUUCACAGAGUCAGUUCAGACCAGCGCAAGAAGUUCACCAGCUUUUCUGCCGCUUUGGUAGAGGUGUUGGACAAUCACAAGCAGCUCUGGAAUGAAGCGCCCUCGGUCAGUGUCGCCAGAGCCGAAGUCAACGGCCAAAGCUCGGAAGAACAAGGCUCGGAGGGAGUGGCAGAAGAUCACAUCGUUCAAGUCUCCGGGUGGGAGGCGCUGUCCUUUCUACAACAGCUCUUUGGGGUGGAGCUGGAUCCUCCACCUGGUGAUUGGGCGGCUGCUGCCAGCCCCACGAGUGAUGAUCCGGCGGUCGCUCCGCCCGAUCGGAGAGCGGUGCUGGGUUCCCAGCGGCUUUGGCCUGAUUGGGAUUCAAUUUUGCAUGAUCGUAGCUUGUUGAAGGAUGGCCCUUUCUUUUUGGAGCUCUUUGCCCGGCUCGCCGGCCUGACUGAAGCAGUUCACCUCGCGGGAGUGCCGGUGCUGCCUCCGGUCGACAUCGUACCGUCCCCGUUGGUGACUACACCUCGUGAUCUGGUGGACUACGUGGUCUGGCGGCAGCUCUUGGAGAUUUUGGCUGUCGGAGUAGUUUUCUUUUUGCACUGCGGCACUCCGUGCAAUACUUUCACCUCAGCUCGCAAAGAAGAUGGGGGCCCUCCUCCUCUACGCUCUGCGGCCCAGCCGCUCGGGCUGGAUGCUCUGAGUCUGGACAACGCCAACCUGGUCUUUUUGGGCAAUUUAUUUUUGGAGCGUGCAGUUGAAGCUUGCUUUUUGGUCUUCAGUUUGGGCGGAGACUUCCUGAUCGAGAACCCCCUGCUCAGCUUGCGGUGGUUGACACCUCAAUUGACCUUGCUCGUACGCCGUACGCGUGCUUUUCACUUGGACUGCGAUCAAUGUGCAUUUGGCACACCGUGGAGGAAGCCGACCAAGUUUGUCUGCUCCUCGGAACUGCUAGAUGCUCUCGCCGUUCCUUGUCCAGGUGGCCAUGUUCACAAGAAACUCAAGGGCAAGGUUUGGGAUCCACAGCAGCAGCGCAUGGUGUUCAAGACCAAACAGGCUCAAGUGUAUCCAUUGGCUUUGUGCGCAACGAUUGCCCAACAGAUUGCGCAGAUCUUUGCUCACCAGUUCUCGCAUUUCCACAAGACUUUUCAGCUACGUGUUCCUGGCGCCGAUCGGAAGCGUGCUCUCCACUCGGCAAAGGAGUGGGCUGGCCAUCGGCAAGCCGAGACAGCCUCCAAAGCUCUGGCCGCCGGCUACCAGUUGAAGCGCCAAGCCUUUGUUCGAAAUCGAACUGAACCUGGUGAAGCCGUGCAGUUUGCUCUCCAACUGGUGCAUCCGUUCUCGAGGCCAGCCCCCCUGCCGGCAGUGCUCGAAGAGGCCAUCCAUUGGGCGGCCACUGCCUCACAGAAAGUGCUCAAGUUUAGGGCGGCUGCCUUGCAAUUUUGGCGCAGCAGGGCAUUGGCUCUCUUGCCUACCUCCAUUCAUUGGAUCACGCUCCUGCUCGGCACUUCUGAUCCCCGCCAAGCAAGGCUGGGCGACGUGUGCCAUGUGGCUCUGUACAAAGAGAUGCUCGAGGCAGCCCGGUCAGAAGACCGCUCUUUGCACAAAUUUUUGCUCGAAGGUUUUCCCAUUGUUGGUCCUAUUCAACCAUCCGGCCGCUGGCCCCCAUUUGAGAAGGCUCAGAAGGUGCUCGCGGUCCAACAUGCUCUGGAUAGGGCCUGGGAGAUUCGGGCCAAGAUAGUGAACAGAGCGCGCGGAGUUCCAGUGACUGACAAUUUGCUCAAGAUUUGGGAGGCCACCUUGGAAGAUGUGGCAGAAGGCUCUUGCUUGGGCCCCUUCGACAGCGAAGAAGAGGUCACUGAGCUCUUAGGUCAAGAUGAUUGGAUCCCUACGCAGAGGUUUGAAGUGGUCCAAAAGAAUAAAGUGCGUGGGUGCGACAGCGCCACUACGAACUUGAUCAACCAGAUCACAGAGAUCACGGAGAAGCUCCAGCUGCCAUCGACGGAUUCAAAUGUGGCAGCCCUGCGGAAGCUCCAAACAGCAGCUCCUGAUGCAGAAUUGUUCGGUUGGGUGCUCGACGAGAGGAAGGCCUAUAGGCAAGUGGCCAUUCGGCCGGAUCACCGGAAAUUUUCUGUGAUCUGCCUGAAGUCUCCAAGAGUUGGCAACCCGGCUUUCUUUGUCAUGGUAGGACACUCGUUCGGUUUGGUGUCUGCUGUGUACAACUACAACAGGCGAUCUGCUGCGAUCAACGAGAUCUUGGUUUCUUUUUUCAAGCUUGUGGCGUUUAGCUUCUAUGAUGACAAAUAUGGCUUUGAACCGGCCGUGUCGGCGGCUAGCGCUCGUGAAGUUGCUGAAAGUGUUCACUGGUGGCUAGGUGCAAAGUUCGACCAGAAGAAACUUCAGCUCUCCUCAGAUCCAACGAUCUUAGGUGUGACCUACAACCUGCGGCUCAUGCAGUUGGAAAUCAAGGAGGACAGGCGACGCGAUCUGCUCGAAGAAAUUGAUUGCAUCUUGCAGUCUGGAUUUUUGGAUCCAGGCUCAGCAGGCAAGCUGAAGGGGAAGCUCAUGUUUGGCGCCUCCCAGCUUUGGGGGAAGAUAGGUAGGGCCUUCCUCAGACCAAUCUCUGAGCGCCAAUACUGGAAGUUUCCCCCAUCCUUUGAGUUCAAGCUCGAUCCACAGCUCGUUGAGUCCCUAGCUCAGUGGAGAAAGUUGAUCGACUGCUCUCCGCCUAGACCGAUAGAUUUAGCUCGUGAGCGCCUGACAGACGUGGUGAUCUUCACGGACGGCUUCACCCCGGACCCGAGGUCUUCGGACCGGAGUCCUGAUCGGAUUGGUGAUGUUAUGUUUGAUCGAAGAGUGCGGAGCCCGAGGCAGUUCACUGCAGUGGUGCCUCCGAAGAUCAGUCAUCGAUGGCUGAAAAGAGCGACGCAGAUCAUGCCCAUUGAGAUGCUUGCUCCUGUCGUUGCUCUCACUACGUUUGCUGACCGGCUCUUCGAAGCAGAUCUGAUCCUGCUCAUCGACUCAGAGUCUGUCGAAGCUGCGCUCGUGAAAGGAUAUUCGAGCCGUGAAGAUAUGUGUGAAAUCAUCACUUUGUUUUGGGAAAUUGCGCUCGCGCUGAGAGUUAGAGUUUUCAUUGAUCGAAUUUCAACAGACGCCAAUCCAGCUGAUUGGCCAUCCAGAAACAAGUUAUGGUUAGGGGAAGCAACUGGUUGGUCCACAGUUAAGCCUGUGUGGCCAUCGUCGCUCGGAAGGGCCCGGGUAUAG